AUGAAAACGUUCCAAUAUGGACAAGCUACAAUAUACAUCCUUCGACUUCGGGUACGGAAGUUGUUUACUGAAGUCGAAGAUGAUGACAAGAAUGACGACAAUACUGUCGACACUUUGUACUUCGCUAUUAUUAACAAAAGUCCUUCCGACGCACCGUUUGACUUUAUUGCCAAGACCCAGGGAAGUAAAACUCGCGAAGCUAAUAUUAUCGUAACAGAUGGGAGGGUUCUAGACUAUGAGGAUCUGUUCACGUACACAAUGACACUUAGAGUAUGUGACGGGCCAGAUUUUAGUUCUAGUCUAUGCUCACAAGAAGACCUGCAGAUAAACAUUCUUGAUGAAAAUGAAUUGCCUGUAGUUACUAAUGUUCCAUCAUCACUAACGAUCGAUAUGGAUGAAAAUCAACCGCCAGAUAAACUGUCUCAUCUUUUCACAUCCUAUGAUGUAGACACUCCGGGCGAUACCUUGAGAUGGACAUUAACAAAUCAGAAUCCGAACGAUGGAGAUCGUCAGUUUGUUAUCAAUGCUGAAAGUGGAUACUUGUAUACAUCUCCUAACGUGGACCUCGAUUACGAGAGUGGAGAUAUUCGUUACAUAUUGACUAUUACUUUAGAUGACGGGACAUCUGCGUGCGGUAGUCGGGUGUUCGAGUGUCUUACUGCAACAACAUAUUUUACUGUGAACGUUAUAGAUAUUAAUGAACAUCCCACUUUUACCAACCUAAUUGACAUAGUGAGCAUUAACGAAGAUGCAGGUGGAGGGGCUGUCAUAACAACUAUUGUGGAAUCUGAUCCCGAUGGGGAUGCUUUGACUUUUGAUAUUAUUGACACGGUUCCAAACAAUUCUCCAUACGAAACCCCAUUUGAAAUCGUGAGUUUAGAUUCAGUAACAGCUAGAUUAAGCCUAAAGGCUGGAGCUGUAAUAGACUAUGAACGAAUUGACGAAUAUGUGCUGACGGUUAUCGUUCGAGACGGUGUUGGUGUUGGUAGAUUAACGUCAACGGCCCAAUUAACGGUGCAAAUUAAUGACAUCAAUGAGCCACCAGAAUUUACCAACCUACCCUAUACCAUUACUAUACCAGAGACUUUCCCAGGUAGCACCGAGGUGAUCACGUUAAGGGCGAUUGAUGAAGAUCUACCAGGGGAUGCUUUGACGUUCCAAUUUCUCACAUCUGAUACACCUUUCGAAAUGCCUUCAACAACCGAUGGAAAAAUAUUCACUACAACGUCGCCAAAUUUUGAUUACGACUCUGGGACAAGAGAAUAUAUCUUGCGAUUCCGAGUAAGUGAUAAUGCCGCUGGUGGCGCUCUCACAGCUGAGGGAACCCUGACUAUAUGGAUUACAUCAGAGAAUGAUAACGCACCAUCAUUUAGUUCAUCUACAUUCUCAGUCGACGUGGAUGAGGAAAUUCCUAUUGGAUCUUUCAUCGCAUUUGUACCAGCUACAGACAGUGACGAUGGUGAUGUCAUCACAUACAUUCUGUCUGGAUCUGGAGCAGAAUUCUUUCGUAUCGAUAACAAUGGUUACAUCGAGAACGCAAUUGUUCUUGAGCGAGAGUAUGGUUGGCCAGAUUCGUACAGUAUUACAGUUUUAGCUAUUGACUCAGCUGGACUUACCACUGCGGCCACUGUUAAUAUCAAUGUCAGGGACAUUAAUGAUAAUAUACCAAGAUGCAACCCGAGUGUGUACUACAGGUCACUGGUAGAAGAUACAGCUACGAGUUCUUCUGUUGUACAGUUGGAAUGCUCUGACGUUGACCAGGGUGACAACGGAGUAUUGUUUUACCAAAUAUCGCUUGGAAAUUCAGGAUCUAAAUUCUCCAUUGACCAGGAUACGGGACUAAUAACUCUUGCGUCGGGGCUAAAUAUGGAAGCAUUGGCAGCUAAUGACUACCGGUAUACACUGUUUGUUGCGGCAAGGGACCAGGCUGCACCAUUUGCCGACAGACUGACAUCCACUGCCACCGUUUACGUCGAAGUGACUGGUACUAACGAAUAUACUCCGUCGUUCACAACAAUGCCUCCAAGCGAUACUGUUCAGGUUUACGAAAACCUUUCCCCAGCGUCUUACGUAACCACUACUAAAGCUACAGAUUCAGACGCCGGUGUUCAGGGCUACGUCACACACCGCAUUACAGAUGGCGAUGACGUCACGCCGAAAUUCCAGAUUGAUGCUAUUACAGGAGAGAUCACUCUAAUCCGUGUGCUCGACUACGAAACGACAGACAUGUACACGCUGACAAUCGAAGCAAUAGACGGUGACCCCUACAGUCCACUGACAGGCACAGAAACACUUACUGUUUCUAUAUUAGAUGUGAAUGACGUCACACCUACAUUUGAGGAUAGAUCGUACAAAGCUACCAUUUCUGAAAGCACGUCAGCAGGGGCUACAUUGAUUACUAUGAGUUGCACUGAUGCUGACACACCGAUGGCUGGCGUUACAUAUUCUAUAAUCCAAGGCAACUCAGCUGGCAAAUUCACACUCAACCUCAAUACUAAUACAGAACAACCUGCUAUCGUUCUUGCUAACACUAUCGACUAUGAUACAGAGACAGACAAUUACCGUCUGGUAGUUAACGCAAUUGAUAAUGGUUCACCAAGAUUAACUAGUACUACAGUUGUUGAUGUAUACAUAACUGGUUCCAACGAAGACACCCCAGCAUUCGGUAGUUCAGUUCCCAAUCCCGUACAGGUGUAUGAAAACACAGCACUUGGGACUGUAAUGUUCACUGUCGUGGCAACUGACGCUGAUUUGGGCGAUGAUGGCACUCUCGUUUACGAACUUCUUUCCGAUGGAUCUGGCAUGUUUGCAAUAGAUGCAGAUACUGCUACUGUAAUAUUACAAGGAGAACUGGAUUAUGAUUUAAUGGGAGUAGACAAAUACUACGACGUUGUGAUUCAAGUUUCGGAUGGUGGUUCCCCUAUUAAAACUGACACAACAACAGUUCGAGUAACAGUUAUCGAUGUUAACGAUAACUUCCCAGAAUGCAGUGCGGGUUCUUAUACAGAAACAAAAGACGAAGGUAUCAGUUCAACUGUUGUGGUGGUUGCUAUGAGUUGCACAGACGCGGAUGGCGCUGGUAGUGGUUACGGGACGCUGUCUUAUACCAUAACAGACGGCAAUACAGAUGACACUUUUGAAAUAAGCUCAACUGGAGACAUUACUUUAAAAUCUGGUCAAAGUUUAGAUUAUGAAUCCGGAAAUACCCUCUUUAAUUUAAUAAUUAAAGUAAGCGAUUCGGCGUCGGUUUCACCAAAUUCAAUCAAUGUACCUGUGACCAUCCACGUGUCACCUGUAAAUGAGUAUAGUCCAACCUUCCAGUCACCAGGACCAUCAUAUCGUCUAGACAUCUCAGAGAGUACAUCCAUUGGUGAACUGAUAGUAGCGCUGUCAGUUGAAGACCAAGAUGAUCCUGACCAUCCACAUGGACAAUUCACAUUCACCAUGGUUGACCCGGACGCGCAUCCAUUCAUAGUUGACGUCUAUUCGGGGGUCUUGAGACUGGGAUUCCCGUUGGAUUAUGAAACUAUUGAUAACUAUGAUCUUCGUGUAAUUGCCACUGAUUGUGGAUCAUUGUCUAACACCGCCAGUGUUAGUAUAGAUGUAUUAGAUGAAAAUGAUAAUAUACCAGUUUGUACCGUGUCAUCGUAUAGUACAGCGAUACCUGAGGAUGCAGCCACCAGUACAACCAUAGUGGAUUUAGAUUGCAGCGACGAGGACAGCACAGUGAGUGGGUUUGGUACCUUGGGGUACACUAUCAUACAGAGUCCGGGUGACAUGUUUUCCAUCUCUGGUGGUGAACUGAUACUUACAAAUGCAUUAGAUUACGAGACUGAUACCGAAUAUAUUAUCACUGUAACAGUGUCAGACCAGGGAACCAACGCUAAUUCAAUAACAGUGCCAAUAUCAAUACAAGUAACACCAGUGAAUGAAGCAACCCCAACCUUCACUACCACCUACACUGCCAGUAUUACAGAGGAUAUCGGUCCAGGCGUGUCAGUCGCAGUUGUAUUUGCAGCAGAUUCAGACUCGCCUACCUACGCACAUGGUAUAGUAUCAUACAGUAUCACGGCAGGCGACCCAGGAAAUAGAUUUCAAGUCAAUCCAAGCAGUGGACUUGUGACUACUGCUGCUUCUAUAGACAGAGAAGAUACGCCUUCAUUUACACUUAACAUCCAUGCGGAGGAUGGAGGAGAUCCUGCAAAGUCUGAUGAUACGACAUUGACUGUUACUAUCGUAGAUGUCAAUGAUAACCCACCGGUCUGCAGCAGUACGUCAUUUGUACUUGCCAUUGACGAGACAGCCGCAUCAGGUGACAGUAUUCAUUAUCUUGAAGUUACAGUUGCUGAUAAUGGACCAGUUCCCCUAACUGCGGUGAUCCCAGUCACCAUAAACGUCAUACCAGUGAAUGAAUUCGCGCCUGUGUUUAGUUCAUCUAGCGAUAUAACCUUAUCUAUUCCAGAAAAUACACCGAAAGCCGCAAUUAUGCUAGUCAGUGAUUUAGACAGAGAGAUAACCUCGUCUUACACUUUACAAGUGAAGGCGACAGACGGAGUCAUCGACGGUGCGGGUACGCCCAACGAAGCGUUUCGUAAUGUUAUUGUUACAGUGACCGAUAUUAAUGACAAUUCUCCGGUUUGUAGCCGGAGCUACUAUGACAUAUCUCUGGAUGAAGAUACCUCUAUAUCUACAAACUUCUUCACACUAACCUGUUCUGAUGGCCAAGAUGCAUCAACGAACAACAACAAUCGGAUUACCUAUGGGAUGCUUUCUUCCGGAAAUGACGACACGACUUUUGUUAUAUCUUCGCUUUCUGGUCGGGUGACAUUGUCGAAAGCGUUAGACUAUGAUUCGGAGACCGCCAAGACAUCAUAUCUCCUACAGCUUUUGGCAUUCGAUCAGGGAUCCCCGUCUCAAACGGUGACUGUGUUGGUGAACAUUGAAGUUACUCCCAUCAAUGAACACACGCCUGUUUUCUCAAGUUCGUCCUAUGAGGUCGAUACAUAUGAAGACACUUUACCUGGUGCACUAUUAUUGCAGGUAUCGGCGUCUGAUAUAGACUAUGGUAAUGACGGUGUUGUCAGAUACACCAUGGCCAAUCAUGCAGUCUUUUCUCUGCAAGCCGAUACAGGGUGGAUUGUUCUGGCGGGAUAUUUGGACUAUGAAGAUAUUAACAGUCGUAUGUACACGCUAUCAGUUACAGCCACAGACCAACCGAAUAAUCCCGCCGAUGCUCGCAGUUCUGUCGCCACUGUAGUUAUAAACGUACUAGACGUCAACGACAAUAAUCCUGUACCCAGUCCUGCAAGGUACAUGGUUGAGUUCAGUGAAAACAUCCCCACAAAUACCAUUAUAACAAACAUUCUAGUUACAGAUAUGGAUAGUGGACAAAAUGGACAGAUUACGUCAUACACAAUCGUUGAUGGAAACACUGAUGACACAUUCGCUGUGGAUAGUACGGGAGAAAUAACAAACCUAAAACAAUUAGACUGGGAGAACACGCAAAAAUAUUCUUUGGUAAUCGAGAUGAAAGAUGGCGGCAGUACUCAAAGGUCUGCCUCAUCUUACGUUGCUGUAACAAUCACACCAUAUAAUGAAUUUGCGCCAGUAUUCAGCGACGAUUCAUACAGUUUUAGUCUGCCUGAAAAUACUGUGAUUGGCAGUACAGUAUUCCAGGUGUUCGCAUAUGAUGACGAUAUUGGCGAAGAUUUAGAAAUGGAAGAACUCCUUUAUAGUUUUACCAGCAAUUCGGAUUUUGCGAUUGAUGCGUAUACCGGUGAAAUAACUGUCCGAAAUGCACUUGAUCGCGAGACCCUCUCUAUUUAUUCUUUGACAAUUCGAGCUGUUGAUAAUGGUCAUGUGACCAAACAGACUACAACCGUGGGGUUGGUAGUAUUUGUAACGGAUUAUAAUGACAAUAAACCUAUAUGUAACCCUUCGACGUACCAUACAUCAAUAUCAGAGAACACCUCGCCAUCUUCCUUUGUACUACAAAUUAGUUGCAGUGACGCUGAUGAAGAAUACAACGCUCUCUUGUCAUAUGAGUUAGUUGCGGGAAGUGCCGUCAAUGGAAACCCCUUUGAAGUGGACAGUAGUGGUCGAAUAUUCACACGAAAUGUCAACUUUCUCGAUUAUGAAAGCACAAACUUGUUUGAGUUAGCAAUUUACGUCACGGAUGGCGGCACGCCUUCGCUGACGUCGACAGCAACUGUAAUUGUUGAGAUAUCUACCUACAAUGAACAUGCACCGCAGCUUAGUGAAGGUGCUUGGUAUAAUGGCGCAGUGUUCGAGGAUGACGUCAUCGGCACACCGAUUGUACAAAUCACUGCUAUUGAUCAGGAUAGUGGAGCUGGUGGGAAAAUAUCGUACAUGAUUGCAAAUGGCAAUGAUGAUGGAAAGUUCUCCAUCGAUAAUACAGAAGGGUGGGUGAAAGUAAGAGAUGAACUGGACAGAGAAUCUGUUCCCGAAUACAGAUUGACAGUUUUAGCAGUGGACCACGGUAUUGACGGAGGUCAGCUCAUUAGUACUGGUACUGUAGUUAUCACAGUGAAUGAUGUAAACGACAACACGCCGUCAUGUACACAGUAUCUUCAUACAGUGCCACUGGCAGAGGACAGCUUGGAGAAUACAUUUGUGGCUAAGUUAUCUUGCUCGGACAUCGACGAUGGUAUUAACGCCUUCUUAUUUCACGAAAUCGACUCUACGUCUGAUCCAGAUGAGCAUUUUUAUAUCGAUACAAAUGGCACCAUCACGUUACACAAUCCGUUAGAUUAUGAGACAAAGACAAAACAUAAGCUUGACGUCAUCGUGAGGGAUGGAGGAACGCCAAGCCUUUCUACAGUGGUCACUGUUGUUAUUGAAGUCACGAGAGUCAAUGAAUAUGAUCCUGUAUUUUCACAACCAACGUACACAUUCUAUGUUGACGAAAACGUUGUAGCUUCGACGUUAGUUGCCGAGGUAUCUGUCACUGACCAAGACAAGGAAGAUGAUGUGGGUGAACCAUUGGGAUUAGAAAACGGCGACAUAACGGACAGCCAAAUCACGGCCUCGUCAUACUACAGUGAGUCAUAUGUACCGUGGAAUGCGCGUUUGAAUGGGAUGACCACAUCCUGGACUGCGAAAUUCAAUGACUACAACCAGUGGAUCGAAGUAGAUAUUGGACGCAUACGAGAAAUAACCGGAUUUAUUACUCAGGGUGGAUACGAUUCCAACCAAUGGGUGACGCAGUACCAUGUGUCGUACAGUGAAGAUGACAAUGCCUGGACGUAUUAUAAGGACACUACUGGAAAUGAUAGGAUGUUUGUUGGCAACGUUGAUCGUAGUACACCAGUGGCUCAUAUGUUAGAUGAUCACUUUUACGCUCGUUACGUUACAAUCCAUCCCAAGGGAUACUAUAUUCAAAUAAGUAUGAGAUUUGAAAUCAUUGGAAUUAAAGAAGAGAGUCAGUUUACUUAUGAGAUACUAAGUGGUAAUAACGAAAACAAAUUUUACAUCGAUAGUGAAUCAGGAGUUUUGUUUACAACUGAACCACUGGAUAGAGAAACUAUUGACGCAUAUGACUUAAAAUUACUGGUGACGGACGGUGGGUCACCUUCUCGCACAUCCACGGCAAACCUGGUUGUCUAUGUCAAUGACGUGAAUGACAAUAUUCCCGGAUGUAGUCCUACGGUAUAUACGGCAAUGGUGGAGGAGAACAGCGCAGCGGAUAGUCUGGUUUUAAACAAUAUAACGUGUGUGGAUCUGGAUAUUGAUUCAAAUAGUGUUCUUCAGUACAGCAUACACAGCGGAAAUGUCGCCACUACCUUCUACAUUGACCAAGACAGUGGCUUCAUAUAUAUCUAUACCGCACCCGACUUUGAAAGUUAUACUUUUUACGAUUUGACCAUUAGAGUUUCCGAUAACGGGACAGCUCCACUGCAUACUUUUGUUCAGGUGUCUAUUGGAAUAGUUGCAGUGAAUGAGUUCGCCCCAGUGUUUCCCGGUACUUACACUGUAACCAUCAAUGAAGUACAAAAUAUCGGUUACGAGUUUAUACAGGUUGCAGCGAGUGACAAUGAUCGCACUGAUCACGAACACGGACAAGUUAUAUUUUCUAUUACUGCAGGGGAUAACGAUGGCACUUUUAGUGUAGGAGCGGUUUCUGGAAUGAUGGAGUUGAGAAAAAAACUAAAUCGCGAGUAUUUAGAUGUCUAUGUUCUAACACUGAGAGUGACUGACGGUGGAGGUCUGUACGAUGACUCUGAUGUCACCAUAACGGUUUCAGAUUACAAUGACAAUGGUCCAGUGUUUGAGACUACGAUAUAUGAAGCUAGUGUAUCCGAAGAUGCAAAUGUCGGAACCACUGUAUUGGUGUUCCAAUGUACUGAUGCCGAUGUGGGAGUCAACGCAGAUAUUAGUUAUUCCAUAACUGCUGGCAACGGUGAGAAUAAAUUUCUCGUGACUUCAAACAGGGAAAUUCAAGUAAAUAAUGCCUUGAACUACGAAAGUAUACGCGAAUACACACUGACCAUAACGGCUACGGAUGGUGGGGCCGGGCCUUUGCAAUCCACGGCGUCUGUGGUUAUUCACGUCGAUCCAGUCAACGAGCAUUCACCGGUAUUUACACCCGAUUCAUCUUUAACGGUAUCUUGGAUUGAGAGUACAGCGAUCGUUACGACCAUUAAACAAGUGAUAGCAACUGACUCUGACUGGGGUGGCCAGGAACACGGAAUACCGAGGUAUAGCAUUAUCAGCGGUAACAUCGGGAACGUGUUUUCUAUAGCCGAGGAUACCGGUGUCAUCACAUUGGCUGGACAACUGGACAGAGAAACGUUGGAUGAAUAUGCUCUUACCGUUCGUGCAUCAGACAACUACGAAGGCGAAACACCAAUUUACAGCGACGAUGUUACAUUCUAUGUCAUAGUCACCGAUGCCAAUGACCACUACCCAGUGUUCAACCCUGAAGUGUAUUCAGUGAGCGUUCUUGAGAAUGUCAAUUAUGGAACAGUUGUGGUACAAUUGACAACAACCGAUGCCGAUAUUGGUUCCAAUGCAAAUGUCGAAUACGUUAUAGUAGACGGUAACACAAUGAAUGAAUUCUAUAUCUAUAACUCUUACAUUCGAGUGAACAGUGUGAGACUAGACAGAGAAAGGUCGACACAUUAUAAAUUGCUCGUUCGAGCCCAUGACUCAGGUUCACCUAGCCUGUCAUCCACAGCCACAGUAAACGUUGAAGUCCUGUCUGUCAAUGACAACGCACCAGUUUUUAACAUAGCAUACUCAUCUGUAGAAAUAUAUGAAAACGUACCCCUAGGAUCCUCUGUAUUUGACGCGAAUGCAGUUGAUAUCGACAUCGGUACUCAUGCGAUGAUUGUAUAUUCUAUAACAGGAGGCAAUGAUGCCGUUAUACCAGAGACGUUUCUUAUUGACUCUACAUCCGGGGUUGUAAGAAUCGGCGCUCCGUUGGACAGGGAAAGGCAAGGAGUGUAUGACUUGGUUAUCACAGCUCAGGACAAUUUUGCUGAAGGGUUUUAUGGAACAAAAACGUUACGAGUCACUGUACUCGAUAGAAAUGAUAACGCACCCCAACUAUCUAGUGAUUAUUAUACCACUACCAUCAGUGAAGAUAUUGGAAUUGCAGUGAGCAUCAUGACAAUCGCUGGGAGUGAUUUAGACUCAGGAGUCAACGCUGAAUUAGAAUUCAGCAUUUAUGGGGAAGACGCCCAUUAUUUUACAAUUGGGAUCACCAGUGGUGAAUUGUUCACCCAACAAGAAGUAGACUACGAGCAACAACAACUCCUAUUCUUCUAUGUUGUUGCUACAGAUAUUGGUUCUCCUAGACUUGAAUCUAUCCCUUCAGCUGUGCAAAUUUUCAUCACAGAUGUCAACGACAACGCUCCUGUAUUUGAACCAAAUAUCUAUUAUUCUGGCAUUAGCGAGUCUACCUCGCCGUUGACGUCUUUUCUACCGACACAUGCUUAUGACAUUGACGAUGGUGAAAAUGGAAGGGUUACGUACAGUUUGAUUAGCAGCAGUUCGCCAAAUGUUUUCUAUUUUUCUGUUGACCCAACGACUGGGGUCCUGAGUACGAGUUAUUGGUAUUUGGAUCGAGAAAGCUAUGACUAUUAUGAGUUGACAAUUAGAGCAUAUGACAAUGGUUCACCAGUCCGUUAUUGUGACGUCAUUGUCCAUCUAACCAUUGAAGAUGCCAAUGACAACUCUCCCGUGUUUACACAAGAUGUCUACUUUGUUACAAUUCAUGAACACGUUGAUAAUGGUACAUAUAUCACGACGGUAUCUGCCACAGAUGCCGAUAUAUACGAACAUGCCGAGAUAUCAUACUAUAUUACUGGGGGGAACAUCGGUGAUUCGUUUUUCAUUAACCCAAAUACGGGGGAAGUGUUUGCCAUCGCGGAUUUGGAUCGGGAGAUUACGCCGAUAUUUACCCUGGUGGUUGAAGCAAGGGACGCAUUGCAUUCUGAUUCAUCAAAUAUUUCUAUUACUUUACGUGACUUGAAUGAUAAUUUCGCAGUGUUUUCUGAAUCCUCGUACUACUUUGAAUUUAAUGAAGACAUAGAGGUUGGAACUGUGGUGGGGACCAUUCUUGCCCAUGACACAGACAAUGGUACCAACUCCGAAUUGAGAUAUCAAAUAAUUAAUGGGAACGAAAAUGAUCAUUUUGACAUUGGAGAAUUGAACGCAAAUAUAACUUCGAAAGUUGAACUUGACCGAGAGAGUAUAGAAGAAUACAACAUCACGGUACAGGUAUACGACCUUGGUAAUAUACAACUGCAGAACAACGUGACGGUGACCUUGAAGUUGAUAGACGUUAACGACAAUGCGCCAACAUUCGACCAGGACGUCUACGAGUUCACGAUACCAGAGAAUUUGGAAACUGGCACGAUAGUUUUCAAUCUGACUGCUUCCGAUCCAGAUUUAGGUGAAAAUUCUCGUCUGCGUUUUUAUAAAAACUUCAUCCUUCUGACAAAUGAUAUUCCCUACUAUUUUGUGGACCGUGAUACUGGCGUGGUGACAGUGAACGUGCCCACCGAUCGCGAGGACGUGGAUUACAUUGAAUUACGCGCAACAGUCAGAGAUUACGGCUCGAGCUGGAAAUACAGUCGUGUGUACGUUUACAUCACAGUUUCAGACGUAAAUGACCAUACUCCAGUUAUUGAUCCAAGCUUCUAUUCGCUAGAAAUUCGCUAUGACAGCAUCUCGACUGAGGCGAUUGCGAUGGUAACGGCGUAUGAUGACGAUAUCGACAAUAAUGCUGAAUUGAGUUAUUUUCUCGCCGAACCGUCUAAUGUGUUUGAUGUAGAUUUGAAGAGUGGUGAAUUGCAAAAGACAAGUUCAGAUCCGCUCCAAGUGCGAACCACAGUUACAUCCGAAGAGGGCGUCGUUCGUAUUGAUACAUUUGAUCCGGUUAUUCUCGUAGAUAUCAACUUGGAAAUGAGUUUAAUUGAGUUCAACCUCGUUCGAGGAAGUUUUAUAGACUCUGUUUCACUGCUUUUUCCACCUGGACGAAUCGGCAUUUCGCAAAUUGUUGAAUCGUCUACAGGGAUACAGAGCGUUAAGCGAAAAUUACUGAUUACUGGGGAUACUCUUAUUGUUUCAAUUUACGGUGUAUACCACAAGUUAGCGGAUGAUAUUAGCGGUAUAUCUGAAGAUAAAGAGUUUCUGAGCGCAGACCAACUGUUGUCGGUGUUACGUCUCGAUAGUAGUGGUACUCCCGCCGCAGUGUUACAGACACCGACCUAUAGCAAUUACAGUGUGAUCAGCGUACAGCCUCACUUCCCAGAGCCCGACUCAGCUCCGUUUUGGCAAACGACCUAUGGCAUUGCUAUAUUGGCACUCAGUGCCGUGAUAUUUGUAUUGACUAUCAUACUGAUAAUUGCGUGUUGUUAUAAAUCAAAUCGCAAGAGAAAAAUGGAAAGAUGUAAUGACAUUACUAUUGAUUUCCGCUACCCUGCUAUGUACGUCGACUCCCCUCUAAUAGCUGAUGUGAAUACAUGUCAAGGUCCCGCCAGUAAAGCAGAUAAUGCUCCGCCUAUGAGAACGGAGAAAGCGCAAUACAUAAUGGCUGACAGUAGUGCCGUAUUUGUAAAAACGCCACAGGUGCAACCAGCGCGGACCAGCAAGGAACGAGUCAAUCACUUAGUAUCUGAUCGAGGCAGUAAAGAUCGAUAUAGGAAUGCCCACCAAAGACCGAUUACAUCCGAGUAUUUUCCGAAGAGGUCCAGCGGUGUGCAACCGAAGAGACCGGGAUCGAGUUCGAGUCUGGAUAGCUUACCUGGCUAUAUCGAUAUAUAA